UUUGGGUAAACUGGACCGUUAUUACCCAGCUAGCAAUUUGCUACCCAAUAUUUGUUUAUCUCGUUCGGCCAGUUCAAUGGUCACUGUCAGCAAAAAUGAAUCUAGGGGAUGGUAUUAUGUUCCAACUUGAAAAUGGAAAACCCCGGCUAAUUCUAACCAAUCAUGGUGUGGAGAUGAAGAAUCCAAAUAAGAUACUCACUCAAAUCAGACCACUAAAUGCUCUCAACCCAAAGCAGUUUUCUCAUGAAGUAUCCGAGAAGUCACAGAUAGUGCAGAGGAAGCGUGCAGAGAGCAGGAAAGCAGUCUUGGUCUCCAAAAAUGUGCCAGUGAAGAAUGACACUCCAAUAGUUUCUUCAAAUGUUAUAAAAGCAAACAUCAAGUGCAGUACAGACCACAGUACCAAAGCUGUUUCCUCAGCAAAAGGACACCGGCAGACAGCCACUGAUCGACCGCCAAAGACUUUGGUGAAGACCGUGAAGGAGAGCUUGGUGUGUAUGACCAAUGAGCAGCUCCAACAGAUCCUCAGCACCAUCAACAAAGCCUCAACCCCAAGUUCCCAGGAUCCUGACAUAAACAGCCAGCCUCAAACAGGGAACCCAGCACACUCUAAAGAUGAUCAACAGUUAAAUGAAACUGGGGGAGAGACAAGUGCAAGUCCUAAUGAAAACUCCCAAGAAAAACCAGGGGGUGAAGGGGAGAAGAUGGAUGGGCAACCCGUUGGUCUGUUCAGCUCUCUGGGCGAGAGGGAGAUAUGCAAAGAUGCACUGGAGGCCAAAAGGACACAAUGGAGAAGAGAACUAGAUGAGCAGAUGGCUCUGAAGAAACAGCAAAAAGAACUGAGCAGGCAAGACGUGACAGCAGACAGAGGCAUGCAGCGGAGGACAACAGUCUCAUCUAAACCUGUUGCUGGAAACAGUCACAUGGAGAGGAGUCUAAGGAGGAUAGGAUCUGGUUUAGAGGACGGCGACAGCAGCCAGAGGGAACUGCCUGCUGCUAUCAGAUCUGCCUUUAUAGUUGGGGAGGGCACCCCAGUGGAACAUGCCUUCAGCGCUCACAAGAAGGAGCAGCAGAGGAGAUGGCUGCAGGACCUGGACCAGCAGAGAGAGGAGGACAAGUGGCGACGCCAGCAAGAGAAACAGCAUCUCAGCCAGGCUGAGGACCAUGAGCGGUGGGCUAUGCACUUUGACUCCCCCCAGAUGAGAGUCCCUCUCCAGGCACCUGUGGGCCAGUCAGAGCCGUCUAGUCUCCAUAAUCACCAUAGGACCCGCUCUGGAGCCUUGUCUGUGGCCUGGGAUGAUGCCAGCAAUUAUGGAGAGGACAGCCUAGGAAGAGCCAGUGUUGAGACAGCCAGGACCAUCCAACAGAAGGCCAGCCAUAUCCGUACCAUGACGGCCCUCCUGGACCCGGCCCAGAUCGAGGAGAGAGAGAGGAAGAGGCUGAAACAGCUCGAGCAUCAGCGUGCCAUUGAGGCCCAGGUGGAGGAAAGGAGGAAAAAGAAGCAGGCAGCGGAGGCAACACGUAAGGCUGAGGAGCAGGAGGAGGAGAGGAGGGUGGCAUGUGAAAGAGAGAUGCUGCAGAGGCAGUACCUGCUGGACACACAGAGAAAGAUGCACAAGGAGGAGCAGCAAAGCCGUAAGCAGGAGGAGCUACACCUCAGUGUCCAGCGAGCCAAAGAGGAGGCCCUGAAAGACAAGCACCAGCAGAGGAUCAAAGAGCUGGCUAGGAAAGGCCAUGAUGUCUCCAAGCUGCAACGCUGUCUAGGAGGGGAACCUGGUACCUCACAGGUCUUGAACACCAGAGACACUGCCACCACAGGACCACACCACUACCAGACAGGGAGGGAGAUGGAGACCUUGAGAGAAGAGACCCACAGCACCACCUUCCCAAGUAAGGACACCGCAGUCCAGACAGAGGCAGAUCCAGCAGUCAGUCCAGGCUUCACCUACACAGUGGAGGCUUCAAAUAUUCGAGACAAGGCGGUACAGACCCCAGACAUCCCAGUAGAGUAUAAACAACCUCCUAAUGCCAAGAGGUUCAGACGGGAAGCUAGGCAGGAGGUACAGCUAGCCCAAAAGAACACUGGUCAUGGGAAAGAGAACACUUGGCUAAAGGAUUUGGGAGGUGGUCGAGGUGACAGUGACAUGUACGAUGCCUUUGCACGGACCGGCCAAGGUCAAGGGAGACCUAGAGGUCACAAGGCAGAGUGGAACAUCCAGAAACCCAGGAAACCCUACAUCCCAGCAUCGGAACGCUACCCUGCAGGGCUGCAGCACAACAGGCAGGAGAGCCGACUUCGCAGGCAGAUGGAGCUCAUGACCCUUGUGGAGAGGAACACGAGGACCCCUCACCCUCCUGAACCAGACCGUAGCCCUGGACUUGCUGACCCCUUGCCACAAAAUGCCAACAACCCUGUACCCGCUACUGUACCUGCUACACAAGGCAGGAUUAAAAAUGCCAUUACAGGAGUUACUCAUGCCAUUGCUGUUCACGUAGAAAGAGAGUCCCCCAAAUCCCCUCCAGUUCCUGCCCUCAAAAACCGACUUCAGAAUCCAACGGGUGGCUCCCGCCCCCCUGCCCUGACCCAGGAGCUGUCCAAGGACGGAGACAGUCCCCCACCUACAUUUGACUACGUACCCUACUUGAGGACAGAUGAGGUGUACCACAUGGACCCUCUUGCCCCCAUCUCCAGACCCCCUACACAGACACAUACAGAUGCUGUCCGGUGUGGACUAAGUAGUCCCAUCUGCCAGAAGGACCCCCUGCUUCAUCCAGAGCGGCUGAGGAACACAGAAAGACAGGAGGCCAUACUGAAGAGCCUUUCAAAGCUACGACAGGGUUUGUUGCAGAAGCAGAGAGAGUUGGAGACCGGGCUAAAUCCUUUGAGGAUCACAGAGGACCCCUACUCACCGCAACUGCCAUACAUGUGACCAAAAGCACAGCCCCGUGUCCAAAGGCACGCAGUCCUAGUACACAACAGACAUACAAUGCAUUUGACAGAGGUUUGUGAUUAGCAUUUCUGUGCAAACAUCACAACCGUUGUCAAUUCUGGGCUGGAAUGCACUUUACUGAUCUACUAUUGUUUGUGUUUUUCAAAACCACAUUGGCACUUUAUAGAUGACAUGGAGUGUUGUAUCUAUGAUAUAGAAUAUAAUGUCCUGGGUGGGAUGGAAUGACUGUAGUGUUUGUGGAUCAUUUGAUGUCUAGUUGUACUUUUGCAGCCAUAGAAUGUAAUUUUAUUUUCUAACUUUUGAAGGAACUUGAUGUUGUCUAUUUACCUUUACUAUAAAUAAUUAUUUAACAAAUGCUGAUCUAAUGUACUGUGUUGUUGUGAAUAAAAGUAU